CAGGGCGGACUCGACCGGAAGUGGAGAGUUGGAGUUCGGUGUUCGUAUUUUCUCUCCGACCAAGACAGUGAAAAGCAGUUCCUGGUUACCGGGCAGGAGAUUCCUGUCUCUCCCUUCCCUGCAACAUGAGUUUCCUCUUCAGCAGUCGAUCUUCAAAAACAUUCAAGCCAAAGAAGAACAUCCCAGAAGGAUCUCACCAAUAUGAACUUUUGAAGCAUGCAGAAGCCACACUGGGUAGUGGGAAUCUCCGGCAGGCUGUAAUGCUUCCAGAAGGCGAGGAUCUCAAUGAGUGGAUUGCAGUUAACACUGUGGAUUUCUUCAAUCAAAUCAACAUGCUGUAUGGAACAAUAACAGAGUUCUGCACAGAAACCAGUUGCUCAGUGAUGUCGGCAGGACCAAGGUAUGAAUACCACUGGGCUGAUGGUACCAAUAUAAAGAAACCCAUUAAGUGUUCAGCUCCCAAAUAUAUUGAUUACCUGAUGACAUGGGUGCAAGACCAACUUGAUGAUGAGACUCUCUUUCCUUCAAAGAUUGGUGUCCCUUUCCCUAAGAACUUCAUGUCUGUUGCAAAGACCAUCCUGAAGCGUCUUUUUCGGGUGUAUGCACAUAUCUACCACCAGCACUUCGACUCUGUGAUGCAGCUACAGGAAGAAGCUCAUCUCAACACAUCAUUCAAACAUUUCAUUUUCUUUGUACAGGAGUUUAAUCUGAUUGAUCGCAGAGAGCUGGCACCGCUUCAGGAACUGAUUGAAAAGCUGGGAUCCAAAGACAGAUAGGUCCUUUGCUGCAGAAAUGCCUUUAUCUGUGAUACCCGGUAUCCUGUCUCCCCAUGCACAUGCUGCAGCUCGUAUCUUUGUCGUAUUAAAUUAGCUACCUGAAGGGAAUUCCUGAUGCCACUGAAGGGGAGAUGCUUCACCAGAAGUCUUCCUUUUUAGACAAAACUGAUAGCCUUGCAUUAUUUUUGUAUGAACUGUUUUUAUAGACAUGCUUUAAAGGAGAACUCCACUAAGUGCUUCAGAGCACCUCAGUCUUAUUAAAGUUUUGAGUUUUGUUUCUGAAUUCUGCUGAUCUAUCUAUAUAUUUUGCUUUCAUUGCAUUUUUUUCCUCUGCUGUUUUUGUAGUGUACAUGCAUUGCUUAAAGAAAAGGGUUAGAGGGGCAAUUUUUUUUAAAAAAUAUUAAGAAGCCAUUUUAUGAAACCAUUGUAAUACUGCCCUAAAAUUUACAAAUUGGUGUGUGGGGGGGGGGGGGGGGUUUAAACAGCUGCUCAUAUUUCUUGCAUAACUACUCAAAACCUAUUCUAUUCAUCCACAUUGAAUCAUAAAUGAAUUAAAGAACUGCAAAGGUCAUUAAAAAAAAAAAUAUGGGCAUUAUAAAAUAAAUACCAAUACAUAGUGUUAAUGUCUUCACUGUCCAAAUAGGGUUUAAUUUUAACAUCUGGGAUAGUGAUAGGCCUGAUAUGUUUACCCCUCUGACAGAUCUAUAAAAUCUUCACAUCAUUCUUUUCAUCUGUUUAAACCACUUUUUAUGAGCUUUGUAUUUUAAAUUGUGUUAUGAUAUUAAUAUUUUUAAAGUUUGUAUUUUGAGAGUUCUUUUAAAAUAAACCUCCAUCAAAUUGUUGAAUCCAUAAUCUAAUGCUGUAUACUUUAGAGGCUUUAUACAAAUGAAUUUUACAAAAAAGGUAAAUGCAUAUUUUGAAGUCACCUUUAAAUAUAUAUAAGCAUAUAGGAGCAUAGUGUAUGCGGCAAAUUACCAUGAGAUGUUUUGGCCAAAAUACUUGCAUUUUGAAGUUUUGUGUUACUUCUAAAUGUAUAGAUUUUAACAUUUUUACUUUUUUCUUUUUUUCUUUCUUUUUUUUUCUUUUUUUUUUUAAAUCUCAUUGUAGCCUACAAUCCUCCUUGAUUUUUUUUUUUUUUUUGCUUAUUUUCUAACCUUUAUCUGACUGCACUUUUUUGCCUAUGAGCCUUAAAUGUACUUGGAAUUCUUAGGUUCUAAGAAGCAAUUUUUAGAAUAGUGAAACUAUAUGAGGGCUUGUUUUAUGCAUCACAACCACAUUUUGCAGACCCACCACAGUGAACACUGCUACUACCUACCUAUAUUGGUGGUUAAAUGUGGAAAAUCACAUACUAUUUUUAUAAGGAAGCAUGUAUGGACUUAAUGCAAUACUAUUCAUUUCUGCCAUCAUAACAUUCAUUAUGAUGAAUCUUGUAAGAGAGAUUUCUAGCACUUUUCCUGUUUUAUAACAGGAAUGCAUUCUUUUCGGACUUGCCUUUCACACUAUGUAGCUGCUUAUAUAUAGAAGUGUCUAGGAAAGCAUAGUUAAUGUUACAGAACUAUAUCUGCAGCCUUGUAUACAAAAGUGAUGUGAAUUACAUGGGACCAGUAAGUGCAUACUCAGAUGUGUUAUUUGUAUAAUGGAGUAACUUUUUAUCUAUUGCAUUUUCAUACUGGUGAUGUGAGCAUUGGGAGCUCUGCAGCAACAGACAUUUCAUUGAAUAUAUGCUGCCCUUUCAGAGUACCAUUACUUUAAAAGGGAUAAACACUGUAUUCCUAAAAAGACAUUCUCACGGUUAAGAGAACAUAUGGACAAUGCAGUGGUGUCACAAUUCCACAUUCUAUUAGGUUGCUGUGCUUUUACUGCAGGGAAUAAAGAAACCGAAUUGCCAGGCAUGCGAUUACUAUAUCACGUUGUUUGUGCCAGUUGAAAAACAAGAACUUAAAUUUGUAUACCUAUAUAUUUGGCAGUUACAGAGAACAAUUUAUUUCAAUAGCAAAUUUCUUUAAUGUUUAGUUCAUAUAUAUUUUUUUUAUGAGAUUGUAAUAAAAUACUUUUUGACUUGUGUAGUA